UUCAGUACAAACAGAAAAUUUAAAUAAUACUGAGAAACAAAAUAUUUUUUUUACAUACUUCGACGCCUAUACGUAGAGUGAUCGAUUAGAAAUGAGUGAAAAUAAAAAUGAGGAGUCAAACACUUUAAGUAAUAAAUUAACACCCCAGAAACAGAACAAAAUUCGAAAUCCCUUCGACAAAGUGCUUGUGGAAAGGCUACAUCAACCGUUAAGCAGCCCUGGUAUGUGCAAAAUAUAUAAAAGUAAAUCGAAAGGUACAUUUAGAUGGGAUAUAGAAGAAGCUUGUACUCUAACACCGGCGGAAAUAAUAGUAUGCAAUAGUCAAUAUGAGGCAUCCCCAGAUCCAGCUCUGGAGAAAAUUGCUGAAGAAGCUACAGAGAAAUUUUUUUCCCAAGAACUUAUUGUGCCAAGUCCAAUGGAGCCUGCUAAAAAACAGCAAUCACUUAUAUCCAAGACUUCAAAUUCACGUAAAUGUAGCCCCAACAAGCCACAAAGUGAAAAUAGUUCAACACAAACAAUGUUAACUUUUCCACCAAUAUUACCCCCGGAAAUUGAAAAGAUCUUGCAAUCUUUCUGCACAUUUUCACAGGAAGAAGCAUUGUUCGACGAAUGUGAGAGAACCGCAAAUGGAUCGAUUUACGUACAUACUGUCUUCACACAGCAUGAUUAUAGUGAUCAACAUUAUGACUCGGAACAGACUGAUGAUGAGAGCCAAGAUGAUAAGAUACCUCUGACAAGUUACGAAGAACAUAUUCCUGUGGAGGUCAGCCCUGAUUUGAGCAAUAACCUCGUGUCAAAGGGAAUGAAGCGAACAUUCGGAACGCCAUUGCAGGCGAAAUCCCACAAGCCGUAUAAAAACAAGAUAUUGAACAUUGGUGAUUUUGAACUUUGUGUUAGUCCGAUACAAUUUGCGACACCCAAACGAAAUGAGAAUUCAUCAUCAUCGCUAUCUAUAUCACCGGUUGAAGCUGGUGAUGAAGAGAAGAAAUUAAUAUCACCCGAGGCCAUGGCAACUUGUCUCGACUGUGUCCAUACAAAGUUUGAGACUAAAGGAAGAUGUUUUUGUACCCCGAAUAAUGGGAGAAGCGCCUUGCUCAAGGAAUCCCCGAAAUAUAUGCCAAAGCGAAGUUCCAGUAUGACGAAUCUCAAUAGAAGUCGGUCGGUACAAAAACUUGACUUCAGUAUGGACAUGAGUGUUGACGGAUCACAUAAUAUGACACAAGGAUCGGAAACCAGUAUAGCAGAUACAAAGCAAAUGUGGUCUAUAGAAGAUACGAGACAGUUCCAAGACACCCGAGAAAUUCAGUCUUCCACAAAACUUAAUAAUUUCGACGAAACACCGAUAAAGGGGAAAAGACGGACUAACGUCGCCCACGAGAUUAGCAAAAUUCGCGAUUCCGCACUAAGCCCGCUGAAUAUGUCCUUCGAGAACUUUGACAUCCCGCUCAGUAUGGAGAGAAAGAUUGAUUUUGCAUCUGUGGAUCUUAAAUUUUUGAAUGAAAACCAGACCGUGGUCGGCGAAUCGAGCUUUAAAAGAAUUGACAGCGGCUUCAAUGAGAACACGUUUUACGCGUCGAGUUAUUACGAGAGUGCGAUAAAGCCUUCGGAAUUGACGAUUUCCAAGAAGGCUUUGAAGGAGAUAUCGAAUGUCAACUGGGCUCGGGUGGACAGUGGGUUCAAAGAGGAGGAGUUUUAUGAACAGAAGAAGUGUGUCUCCGGUGAUAAAGAGAAUCAGAGGGAUCCGAUGUCGAUUUCUGAUUAUUUUAACGAGGAUUUAACCUUCAGUUGUAAUUUUUCGUCUACGCCGUCGAGUAGUAAGCGUAAAUUUAAUUUUUAGUUAAUCUAGUAUGUGAUAGAUAGAUACGUACGUAGUUUUUUAACAUUGACGUGCGUAUACGCACUCUUGCGUACAUGACUUUGUCUAUUUCAAAAUAAAUAUAGAAACAUACAUUUACAAAAUACAAAUCUUCUAACUUUUAAUAUUAAUUUAGAUUACAGUUUUCUUAGUGUGAUGACGGUAUUAAAUAAAAUUUAAAUUAUUAGUGACUGCAUUGAGAUGCGUAUACGCACAUAGUAGAAAAUUGUAUAGUUAUUAAUUUUUAUUUCUUUCGCUAUGAUUUAUAAAAGAAAUUACAGAAUUUAUGCGUAAUAUUAUUAAUUUCAAAAAAUUACUUCCAUACCUCACAGUAUUCCACAGGGCAAAUGUUAGUAAUUUAGUUUCUGAAAUAUCGUUUGAUUAGGUGUUAAAUACUUGUUUAUUAUAAUGAAUGAAAAUUUAUUAAUGCGAAUUAAACAUAGAACAAUUAAGAUAAAUACAAGUGUAAACUCUAUAUAACGAUACUGACAGGACUGCACAUUUUAUGGCGUUAUAGAGAAUGGUCGUUAAAUGGGGAGAAGAAAAAUCAGAAUUCAAAAAGGAAAAGUUUAUUUCAGAGUUUCAGACUGUUAAUAGGUUUAUAAAAAUAAUCUUAAUUGAAUGAUAUUGCGUGUAGUCUGUUAUUUUUGUCUGUCUUUGGCUGAAGCAGGAUGGAUAUUGAGGCAAUUUAGCUGCUACCAGAGCUUCUUUAAUGUUCGGCGGAGGAUCGGGCUCAUCCGUCUCAUCUUCGUCUCCUUGUUCUUGAUCCUCAGUGUUUCUCACUGAAUCAAAAAUUUCUUUGUCUGGAAGUGAAGCCGUUGUAAGCAGGCAGUCUACUUCGAUGUAGGUUUGAAGAGUUGCCGUUGUAAGCUGGCAGUCUUCUUCGAUGUAGGUUUGAAGAGUUGCCGUUGUAAGCAGGCAGUCUACUUCGAUGUAGGUUUGAAGAGUUGCCUUUGGUAGCAGGCAUUCUGCUUCGAUGUAGGUUUGAAGAGUUGCCGUUGUAAGCAGGCAGUCUACUUCGAUGUAGGUUUGAAGAGUUGCCUUUGUAAGCAGGCAGUCUACUUCGAUGUAGGUUUGAAGAGUUGCCUUUGUAAGCAGGCAGUCUACUUCGAUGUAGGUUUGAAAAGUUGCCGUUGUAAGCAGGCAGUCUACUUCGAUGUAGGUUUGAAGGGUUGCCGUUGUUAGCAGGCAGUCUACUUCGAUGUAGGUUUGAAGAGUUGCCUUUGUAAGCAGGCAGUCUACUUCGAUGUAGGUUUGAAGAGUUGCCUUUGUAAGCAGGCAGUCUACUUCGAUGUAGGUUUGAAGGGUUGCCGUUGUUAGCAGGCAGUCUACUUCGAUGUAGGUUUGAAGAGUUGCCUUUGUAAGCAGGCAGUCUACUUCGAUGUAGGUUUGAAGAGUUGCCUUUGUAAGCAGGCAGUCUACUUCGAUGUAGGUUUGAAAAGUUGCCGUUGUAAGCAGGCAGUCUACUUCGAUGUAGGUUUGAAGGGUUGCCGUUGUUAGCAGGCAGUCUACUUCGAUGUAGGUUUGAAGAGUUGCCUUUGUAAGCAGGCAGUCUACUUCGAUGUAGGUUUGAAGAGUUGCCUUUGUAAGCAGGCAGUCUACUUCGAUGUAGGUUUGAAGAGUUGCCGUUGUAAGCAGGCAGUCUACUUCGAUGUAGGUUUGAAGAGUUGCCGUUGUAAGCAGGCAGUCUACUUCGAUGUAGGUUUGAAGAGUUGCCGUUGUAAACAGGCAGUCUACUUCGAUGUAGGUUUGAAGAGUUGCCUUUGUAAGCAGGCAUUGUACUUCGAUGCAGGUUUGAAGAGUUGUCGUUGUAAGCAGGCAGUCUACUUCGAUGUAGGUUUGAAGAGUUGCCGUUGUAAGCAGGCAUUCUACUUCGAUGCAGGUUUGAAGAGUUGUCGUUGUAAGCAGGCAGUCUACUUCGAUGUAGGUUUGAAGAGUUGCCGUUGUAAGCAGGCAGUCUACUUCGAUGUAGGUUUGAAGAGUUGUCGUUGUAAGCAGGCAGUCUACUUCGAUGUAGGUUUGAAGAGUUGCCGUUGUAAGGAGGCAGUCUAUUUCGAUGUAGGUUUGAAGAGUUGUCGUUGUAAGCAGGCAGUCUACUUCGAUGUAGGUUUAAAGAGUUGCCGUUGUAAGCUGGCAGUCUACUUCGAUGUAGGUUUGAAGAGUUGUCGUUGUAAGCAGGCAGUCUACUUCGAUGUAGGUUUGAAGAGUUGCCGUUGUAAGCAGGCAGUCUAUUUCAAUGUAGGUUUGAAGAGUUAUCAUAUUUCCUGCCAUGUUGAAGUGUUGAAUCCACUUGGUUAAUGGAAAGUCGUCGUCGCUAUCAAACUCAGGUUCUGUUUCAACCUUAUCAUUCGUAGAAUUGGUACAAAAUCCAGCAUGUCCAAAAAGUGCUGUAUCACUACUUCGUAGGCUUUAGAUUAAAAAAUUACUGCAUGCAGCAUAUUAACAGAAGUUUUAGCCUCAGAUUCGACAGUUUGGAAGUAGGUGAGUAACUAUGUAUAUGAUAUAGAUAAUCCAUGACUCCUACUUAUUAGUCAUGGUCAACCACAGUCUUCACGUGCAAUCAAUUCCAAUUUGUAAACAAAAUAAUUUCUUAGAUAGUUCGUAUGCAUGAUGCCGACAGUCAAGUUUAUUGCGGUCUAGGAUAAUAAAGCGACAAACGAAAGUACACAACUGCGCGGUUUUUUACUAAUUUAAACAAUUUAAAAAGUAUUUUAUUACGCAAGUAAUGUCGUUAUUGAGAGUGGGUGUAAUGCUAUGUACGUAAAGAGUGUAUCAUUGUAUGGAAGACAAGCUAAACCUACGAAAGCCAAUUGAUUUCGACGCUUUAUAGGGUUCGUCGUUAGAUCGGGACGUUACAUGGAGUUUACACUGAAUUAGUUUUGAUUAUUAUUAGUGGUUACGUUUAUUUUUUUUAAUUCUCUACAUGCUAGCCAAGGCAAAUCGAUAUAUCAACGAAAACUACCAUUAUUUUUAAAUUUAAGAGAAACUGGCAACAUUCCGCGAACUUUUUGCGUGCCUACCAAUGAUUUUCUCCAUAUUAAAAAAUAUAUAUAUAAAUUAGUGAAUUUUUGACGUCGUUGCAUAUCCGUAGGUUUGUUAAUGAAUUGUUGCAUUUAGUUUAAGAUUACUUUUAUAUUGACGAUUCUGAUGGCAAUUAACAAUUUUUUUUAUCACGUUAUUUUUAAUUUUCCCAUCGGACAUAUAUCUGCGCCCAUUUUGUUAUAUUUUAGGAUCGUAGGUGAUAUUUCUUAUCUAUGACGCUUUAAUAAUAAAAAAAAAAUUAAAUCAGUUAAAAAAUAUCGAAUUGGUAUACCUAAUUAGAAUAUGGAAAAUUUGACGCCAGAUUAUUCACUGAUUUUAGAAUGUACAGUAAUUCUCUAUAACGUUGGACCCGGCCGUGUUAUAAGAAAUCGCGUUGUAGGAGUAAUCUCCUAUAACACGGUUUUUGAACACUUGGAGCAAGUAUUCCAUACAGUUUUGUUUAAUUUUAUAACAAUAAAUUGAAACAGGUGCAAAUGUACGCAAAACUAAUUAUGGACUUGACAAAUCGUAAUAAAUUUCACACUACAGAUAUCUAACAUCUUAGAAAUCUCCGCGUUAGGAUUUCUGUAUAGUAACUGUUUUUAGCCGUGUAUCGGAUGUCAAAAGUUAAUCCGUAAAAGUCCGUAAAUUUUGGGUUUUAAUGUUUUUAACUAGUAAAGUUGUCUUAGUAAAUAAUUUCUUUACGAGAAUUGUAAAAUGCGUCAGAAUCGUCAUUGUGUUUUUUUUGUGUGUUUAAUUUUUAUAUUUAUAAUUUGAGACUGAAUUUGA